GGGUGGGCGGUAGGCGAACGCGUCGCGUGUACGUCACGUGACGUGGCGGGGGAGCAACCUCGCGCGCGCGCGCGUGGAGGAGGAGGAGGCGGAGGCGUAAUUGAUCGAGAUUUUUUAUUUUGUACAUACAUUGUUUUGUAUAUACUGUAUAUGAUGACUUCGGUGGGUAGUGAACGUACCCGGGGCACUCGGGACAAAAUGCAAAUUUCAACCACACAGCCAACACAGCCACAGAAACAAGUAGUACAGGCAACAGCAGAACAGAUUCGCCUUGCUCAGAUGAUCUACGAUAAGAACGAUGCAGAUUUUGAAGAUAAAGUGAAACAACUUAUGGAAGUGACGGGGAAAAACCAGGAUGAGUGCAUAGUGGCACUACAUGAUUGUAAUGGGGACGUGAACAGAGCAAUCAACAUACUGCUGGAAGGAAUUUCAGACACGGUAAGGUUUUACUUUCAUAUUAAACUGCUCUUUCUGUUUGCUGCGCCUUUCUACUUCUUAGAAGUGAUUGGGAAAGUCAUGUUUCGGAAGCUUUUGAUUUCCAUGUCUCCAUUCAAAUUCUUUUGAAGGAAAUGGAGACCAGGUGUCGUGGUU